UGAUACUGUGAGAGGACAGCAGCGCAGCAUCUUAUUUUGCGUUCAGUAUGCGCGGAAGCAGAGCUUCAUAUUGAGCACCUGCGCUUAAUAUAAUAUUUUAGUAUGCUAUUUAUAAAGAAAAAAAAGAUACAUUUUAGACUACAAGAGAAAUUAAAUAACAUGAAUAAAAAGUAGCCUAUUUCAACUGGAAACGGAGAAUUAAAGAUCCAUUUAGCCUUUUUAGACUUCAUUCAGUGCCACCAACGCCUAUUUAGUCCAGCCUAUAUGUUGCUGACAUUGUCACAAACGGGAAUGAGCCUAAUUCUUCCCCGCCCAAAUUAUGGUUGAUUUGGGAAGUAUUUCCGCCUAGAAGGUGCUGUAGAGCAACCUACAGCCAGUAGUGGCCAGCAGCAAACAGCAGCUACAGCGGUGGAUGUAGGAUCAGAGUCGGGGCGAAUCGGGGAUCCACUGUCAGAGGGGAAGGGGAGCAGAGGCACUCUCUCAACACUCACUGAAUCAUGGCUACUGAAACAGUGUCACCGGCAUGCACUGGAUCCAGUUUGCUGCAACCCAUAAGCGAAAUAAUCAAUCUCCCUCUCGACCAGGUGAACUUUGUGGUAUGCCAGUUGUUUGCCCUGUUGACAGCCUUCGGGUUCCGUCUCUAUCUCCAUCCCAGUAAGACCAGUCCCUUUGUCAGACAUGUGGUGGCCACGCUACUGGGAUUCUACUUUGCUCUCUUCUGUUUCGGCUGGUAUGCUCUCCACUUUCUGGUUCAGAGUGGGCUCACCUAUGGCAUCAUGAUCCUAACAGGAGUGGAACACAUGCACAAAUACUGUUUGGUGGUGGCCCUGGGGUAUCUAAGCUUCUGCCAGAUCACGCGUGUGUACGUCUUCGACUAUGGCAUGUACUCUGCUGACUUCACAGGGCCUAUGAUGGUGAUAACACAGAAGAUCACCAGCUUGACGUUUGAAAUCCACGAUGGAAUGUGCCGGAAAGAGGAGCAGCUGACUCCAAAUCAGAAAAUCCUGGCUAUAAAGAGGAUGCCCAGUCUGCUGGAGUACUUCAGCUACAACUGUAACUUCAUGGGCAUCCUGGCCGGCCCCACCUGCUCCUACAACGAUUACAUCGCCUUCAUCGAGGGCACGCCCUGCCGUCGCCACGGAGACCAGCAGACAAAUGGGAAGGCCAACGCCAGGCACAAACAAACGGACCCCUCCCCGAACAUUGAAGUCGUCCGUAAACUGGCCACCUGUUUCUUCUCCCUCAUGGUUUUCCUGUCCGUGUGUAAAGUGUUCCCUGUGGAACGGAACAUCGACGACGACUUCAUCGCCACCACGCCCUUCUACGCCCAGGUGGUCUACCUCUACCUGUCCAUGCUGACCACCCGGCCCAAGUACUACUUCGUCUGGACACUGGCCGACGCCAUCAACAACGCAGCAGGCUUUGGGUUCAACGGAUACACCAGCGACGGCUCACCACGUUGGGAUCUCAUCUCCAAUCUGAGGAUAGCGGAUAUUGAGUUUGCCACCAGCUUUAAGAUGUUCCUCGACAACUGGAAUAUACAGACGGCACAUUGGCUCAAAAGGGUGUGUUACGAGCGCUGUCCCUACAACCCCACGGCGGCUACCUUCAUCCUGUCGGCCAUGUGGCACGGAGCCUAUCCUGGAUACUACCUCACCUUCCUCACCGGCAUUGUGGUCACACUGGCUGCACGCGCCAUGAGACACAACGUGAGGCCACACUUCCUGGGCUCGCCGUCACACAAGCUAGUGUAUGAUGUGAUCACGUGGGCGGGCACCCAGAUUGCCAUUUGUUACACCGUGGUGCCUUUUGUGCUGCUGUCUGUCGGGCCCUCGAUGAAGUUCUACAGGUCCUGGUACUUCAGCGUCCACAUCGGCUGUGUUCUCCUGGCCGUAGCCCUGCCAGUCAAGCCCCGACACAUGCGCCUGAAAGAGCAGCAGAAAGGCCUGCAUCUGGCCCCCAUCCUCUCCCACCUGGACUCCACCUCCACAGACAGCAACUGCAACCAGAAGACCAAGGCCACAUGAAAGCAGAACCAGACCAGCUAACGGUGCACACACAGAGAGACUAGCGCCGAGGACUGCAGGGGACUGUCCAACACUGUAUUAAAUCCACGUAUAGAGAGAGAGCGAGGCGGACAGAGGAGUAGAUUCUAACAAACAAACAAACCUGCCUCUGUUUGUCUGUGUUUUGGAGUGGGAUGAUGAUUCUCAUUCAGUCACAUGGCACUGAGACUGAGCAGCAACCACACCAUGGAGGGAUGGAUGUAUGGCUUUGGGAUAUGUCCAAAAUGGCACCCUAUUCCCUAUUUAGUGCACCUCAAAGGGAAUAGGGUGCCAUUUGGGAUGCAACUCUACUGUAUUAUUUUGAUUUGUGUCUGGGGUGGAGUGGGAUGGAUGGGUCCCGAUGAUGAAAUGCCAGUAUUGUACUAUUACUGUAUUAUAGGAGUAUGCAGACUUGCCUUAUACCCUUUGUCUCUUUCUCCACAAUCUUUUUUUUUUCUUUUUAGCUUUUGUAUAUCCUUCUCACAUUGGAUAUUGUCUGGGCUGUGUUUCUCACUUGAGGUGAACAGGUUUUAGUAUCAGGUGGGCGAGUUUGAAGUGUUCUCUCAGUUAACGGUGACAAAUGAGUGUUUUAGUCCUGGUGAAAAGCAAAUGUAAGUUAACUUCUCUACGACACAGGAAGUUAGAAGAAUUAAAGCGAAGGAAAACAAGA